AUGAAAGCUGUUAUGAUGGUACUAGCUCUCACAGCUUCCGUGUCGAAUUUGACAGCAGCUAUUCAAAGCCGUUCGUCCUUUCUUCAGACGACGAAAGAUCACUAUCUAGUAGGCCAUGUGAUCAGUGAUCAUCGGAAGGUGUCCAGCAUUUCAUCAUGUGCACAACUCUGUCUGAAAAGACGUCCAUCUUGCCGCUCAAUAAACUACGGGGGAGAAGAAGGAGAAACGAUUUGUGAGUUAAACGAUAAAGGAUUAGAGAGCGCUAAUGCAGAGUCUUCUUCCUUUGUUUCUAUGCCUGGAUUUGUCUUUGCUCAGCUUCUCAAUUUUGAGGUUAGUGCAGAUAAAGGUCUGGAAAUGAUCCUAACCAAAUUUGUACCAAUUUAUAGAAAAGGAACAAAAUAAAGUAGUGCAUUUACACUAUCUUUAUAAAUUUUUUUAAGCCUAAUGAUAGCAUGCCAUAGUAAAGGAAAUAAAGACGCGUCGGCGAUUUAUCCCCCAUAGGCCUCUGUUUCAUAGGUGCGAUCUUUUAAGCUGCGUAGACUUUUAAACUGCAGCAAAUGGAUGUGAAAAUACAACUUUUUCGGAAAAUUAUCUCCGCCACUGACCCACUAAAAUAUGGGUGUAAGCAUGCUAAUCUCAUUUACAUGUACCCUUGCAUAUCAUGCCAUCGGUAAUCGUGAGGAAUCAUUCCUAGAUCAAGGAAGCGAAGGAAUGAAAAAUUGCUCUAAGCUAGAUGCUUUGUAUUACACGUGCUCAACGAUUAUAACGUUGUAGAAUUUAAAUAUUUACUGUAGUAUGGUUUACUUUUUAAUCCUUAUUUGAAAUAGUAUCACAACAGUUGCGACGAAAUCCAGAAAAAGAAUCCUGAGGCGAAGAGUGGUUUAUACAAAGUUUACCCUGUGUCAAAUGCUGAUCCUGUUGAGGUAUACUGUGAACUUGACAUUGCUGAAGGUGGCUUCACUUUCCUUCCUCACAGCCUCACUUUAAGAUCAGAUGCUCAACAGAUUAUCGACGCCCUCUUCAAAGACAAGAAAACCGUGUUGUUAAAGUUAUGGAAAAAAGUCGAUGGUAGCGAGUGGUACACUUUGAUUCAGCCCCAUCCGAAUUAUGCUGACGUCGAUUUUGGCGUCUUGGUGAACAACUACUCUAGUUACACCAAACCAAAAAACGUCUUCAUGCAGAAAUACGUAUUUCUUGGCAUCCUCCCUAAAUCAAUAGCAAAUAGGAAAACAACCCAGGGUUUCAGAUCUAAUGGCAUCAUGCUAGAGUUUUGGAACUGCGAUGCCAAUCCCAACAGCUUGUUUGCAUUUUUCCCGAACCAUCAUCACGAAUUACCAUAUGGUCAUGGCGGGACGUCAGGAUAUGAAAAUAGUGGAAUCGCAGUAAACUGGCGUUCCCAUGCCAAAGCUGUCACGAAUGGCGGUCCCAAAACGCCAAGCGAGUUCUUCUUCUUGACCGAGCUGGAAUUUGGUGGCUGUGGCUGUUACACUUCAAGCGACCGCUGGAAGAAGUUUGGUUACAAUUCUACUGCCAUUGGACUCCGCUGA